AUGCCCAGCACUAGCACCAGCAAGAAAGAAUCCGCUCAAUUGGUCCACGAAAAGUCGUUUCUGUCUCGCGAGAAAGCGGAUCACUACUACGCUCGAUUGGAAUCGGAAUUGCCGUGGGGUCCCUUCUCGUGGGUCCCCGGUACCAAACCUCUGAAACAACUCGUCUACUUUUACGACGUUCAAGAACAACAUGUUCGUCCCAACGCUUGUCUGGACGAACUCAUCCAAUUGGUGGAAACCACGUACCAUACCAAAUCCAUUGUGACUUGGUGCAACCUCUUUCGCGAUUCCAACGAUCUCAUUGAUUGGCAUCAAGAUCAAUACGGCAUGUCCCUCUACGUGCUUUCCUUUGGCGCCUCGAGGCCCGUCGAAAUUCGGCCCUACAAUUGGAGUGCUCUUCUGACAUCGGAUGGAAGUCCGACACAAACCUUGUCGUUGGCACAUGGAGAUCUCUAUCAUUGGAACAAACAAUUCGAUGCCAACCACCAACAUCGUGUGCCGGCUUCCGGUGAAGACGGCAAGCGCAUCUCCAUUCUCGUCUUGGGACAUCCCAUUGGGUCCAAUGUCAAUCCCGAAAAACUGCAAACCGAUACCAUGAGUCCAGUCUACACCGGUCAAUGCAACAGCAAUAAUUGUCAAGGGUUCUUGGGACCCGCCAAGGCCACCAUGACCAAUGCCGAACGCAAAUGUCAAACAUGUGGAAACAAGUAUCGAUACGAUUCCUGGUAA